GGAAGUCAUCACUUGGUCACCACCCACCACCGACAAAUCGUGUCGCUCGUCGUUUUUCUAUUUUUCACUCUAACGACGCGUUCUGUCCUGGUCCGCACGUUGUCAUUCUCACUGAAUGUCGUCAGACGGCGCGCUUGUCGGUUCUGUCACGCCUACGGUUGUCACUACUGAUGUUACACCAACCUCACCGAAUAACGAUGGAGGAAUACUUUCCCAGCUUUUCAAGGCGACAGGAAUUGGUUCUGACAAUCCUUACUUCAACGCCGGUUUCGGUCUCAUGGGAGUAGGUGUUGUUGUAGCUUAUGCAAGUCAAGCAUUGAAGCUCGGAUCUAUUGCUCUUCAACGGCGGUUGUUGGUCACUCUUGAAAUCAGAAACAAAGAUCCCUCCUAUGAUUGGUUCCUCACCUGGCUUGCUCUCCAAACAACCUCCUCACCAAGGCCUGAUGGAAGAGUUCGCUGGGCACGAAGCAGCCAGCUCAGUGUCGAGACACGGAUGAACCAGGAAGAAAACACCCGAAACGCCACCUUUGAUCUUGUCGCAGGACCAGGAAACCACUAUUUCAAGUAUCGUGGAGCUUGGAUCAAGAUGACACGACAACGUGAGACUCGCGCCGUCAAUUUACGAAGUGGCGAUCCAUGGGAAACGGUUUCCCUCACCACACUUUCUCGUGAUAGGAACAUUUUCCCUGUUUUACUCUCAGAGGCCAGGGACAUAGCUGCUCGGCAGCAAGAAGGAAAACUGGUAAUAUACACAGCUUGGGGGGUCGAGUGGAGACCUUUCGGGAAGGCACGCUCUCGAAGACCACUUCCGAGUGUGGUUUUGGCUCCUGGACAGUCCGAAAGAAUCCAGCAAGAUCUUAAAUCUUUCAUGGAACGACGUCAGUGGUACGCUGACCGUGGUAUCCCUUAUCGCCGAGGCUAUCUUUUACAUGGGCCUCCCGGCUCUGGAAAAUCCUCCUUUAUCCAAGCCCUCGCUGGCGCAUUUUCUUACGAUAUAUCUAUCAUCAGUUUGUCUGAGAGAGGCCUUGGCGAUGACAAAUUCAAUUUCCUACUUUCAAAUGCUCCAGCACGCACCUUUGUCUUAAUUGAAGAUAUAGAUGCCGCGUUUAAUAGACGGGUUCAAACCUCUGAAGACGGUUACCAGUCUUCCGUCACUUUUUCCGGAUUCCUGAAUGCUUUGGAUGGUGUCGCCUCGGGCGAGGAACGAAUAAUAUUCAUGACGACAAACCAUGUCGAACGACUCGAUCCUGCACUCAUACGGCCAGGGCGCGUGGACGUUUCAGAACUGCUUGACCAUGCGGUGCCGGAUCAAGCGUACAGCCUCUUCAUAAGCUUCUAUGGCGGCGACUCGUUAGUGAGUAAAGAGACGUUAGAAGCUAUCGGUACAAACUUGAAGAACCUUGUUUCUGAGGAGAUGGACGUGGGGCGGAGAAUCAGUAUGGCAGAGCUGCAAGGUCUCUUCAUUCGUACAGAUGUUCAGCAAGUAAUGAAAGCUUGCGAAGACAUCUUUACCCAAAAACACCGACAAUAGGUCUGGAAAUGGCAAUACCCUACUCAAAAGUAUAUAUCUUAUAAUUCACAACCAUAAUAAAGAUGCAAG